AUGCAUGCAUACCUUGCGGAACACCUGCUCGUGCACAUUCCCACUCUGUCCUUCCCCCACAUCCACUACAAUAGGGUGCAUAUAUAUAUAUAUGGGAAGUGGCGUGCGAACGCGGAGGCCUUGCGCUUCACUGUUUUCUCUCUCCCUCUGUACUUUCUCUGGUUUGCUUUUUUUUGCUUUUGCCUUGUCUCUCUGGAGAGUGUUCUUGAGUACUAUGGGGCGCACGUCUGUGUAGGGGCACACACGCCAAUUCAUGCAAUAGGAACGGUGUCGGGUAGCCGCCUGCACGACGCGGCGGGCGUCGGGUCGCUAUCACUGCUGCUAAUCUCAUGGCGGUGGCAAUGGCGGCCGCAUGUGCAAGAGUGCUCCGGUGCAGAGGGUUCAUUCCGCUUUGUUGAAAGGGCGAGUCAGACGCGAUUGGGCGUGUCACGCAUCUUCAUUGUGAUUACUACUUGGGUUUCCCGCAAUGACGCUGGAGGAGGCGCUGUUCUGCUCUGUGAAAUUUUCCUUCAGGAGGUUCCUCCCACACUGCUGCAGCUGCUACUAAUUGCUUUUUACUACCUCUCCAUCGUGAUUGCGGUUGUGUUUUUUGGGGGGUUUUGUUUUUGGUUUGCUUCUUCUGCCUCACCGUGGUGCUCCUUGUGCGUAUUGCCAGCAACGUAA